UUGCAGAAUUCGGAGUUGAUCGCGUAGGCUAAUCUGCACGGGUGGGUAGGUCGCGUCGCGUUUUGCCUCGUCUCCUCCGCUAGAUUAGAAUCAGCAAAAUCAAUCGCCAAAAGCCGGCCUUCCCAGCCUCCAAAGAGUGAGGCAGAAGCAGGAAUGAGGCGCCCCCCCCUCCUCCUCAUGGUCUCCUCCUCCCCGAUUCUACCCUGACACGCAUCCAAUCCGCUUCGUUCAAAUCAAACCCUUGGUUUUUCCGCCCCGCCGCGUGUACUGCCAAGCCAGUCCCCAGCCCCCGCUGGGCGUUCGAUCGCAGGACGACGGGAGAUGGAUUUCUCUAGGUUUGCUGCUGCCUCCGGCGCCGCGGCUCCGCGGCCGGGCCUGCAGAUCGGCGCCGCCGCAGGGAAUGGCUCCUUCCGGGCCUGCUCGCUGCGGCGAGCCCGGCGCCGCGGUACCGGCCUCGGAUGCGGAGGGAACCUCAUGGUCGCCUCCGCCCUCCGCGGCUGCGGCUCCAGCGGCCUCCUCCUCUACGCGGCUCCCCUCAAGCACCACGGGACCUGCUGCUCCCGCCCUCCCGGCAGAGGGAUUAAGUGCCAGGGCAACGACUCGUUGGCCUACGUCGACGGCCCUCUGGAGGGCACCAAGGGCUCCUCCGAGGGCGCCGACGAGCCGGCGGGCGGCACCUCGGGGUCCGACGAGGAGACGAGGGCGGCCGGCGUCGACGUGGACGACCUCAGGGAGCUGCUCCACAGGGCCAGGAAGGAGCUGGAGGUGGCCAGGCUCAACAGCACCAUGUUCGAGGGGAAGGCGCAGCGGAUAUCCGAGUCCGCCAUCGCCCUCAAGGACAAAGCCGACGGCGCGCAGCGGGACGUCUCGGCCGCCGUGGCCACCGUGCAGGAGAUCAUCGGCAGGGAGGAGGACGCCAAGGAGGCCGUCCGCAAGGCCACGAUGGCGCUCUCCAUGGCUGAGGCGCGGCUGCAGCUGGCGGCGGAGGCGCUGGACGCCAAGAGGGGCUCCGUCGGGCAGCUGGAAGUUAGCCUUGAUGACGUGGAGGAGGAAGCCUUUGCAUCUGCACAGGAGGAGAUUAAGGGGUGCCAGGCGAGCCUGUCGAAAUGCGAGGAGGAGCUGAGCCGGAUCCAGGGGAAGAAAAUGGAACUGCAGAAGGAGGUUGACAGACUCACGGAGCUUGCCGAGAGGGCUCUUUUGGAUGCUUCGAAGGCCGAGGAGGAUGUCUCCAAUAUAAUGGUGUUGGCUGAGCAGGCUGUGGCUCUUGAGAUGGAAGCAGCCAAGCGUGCAAACGACGCGGAACUAGUGCUGCAGAAAGCGGAGAAGGCCAUCUCCUCGGUUGAUUCUGUGGUCGAGCUAGUGCCAGCUGCCGAGGGACAAAUAAGUGACGAAGAAGAUGAUCUUUCUGAUGUAUAUGACUAUAGCGGUGAUGGUAUAGCUGACAUUUCUGAAAGGGAUGAGGUUUCAAAUGUUGAGCGUCUGAUGCAAAUUGGUGACCUAGCAGCUGAAGGCAUUGAGCAGCUUGAAUCGUCCCAUGAAAUGUCCAAUGACGAGCGCAGUGACAAGUUGCUUGUUGAGCCUCAGAAAGAAGCUGAAUCUGACACGGAUAAGUCAAAGCAGGGUAAGAAGCCAGACAUAGAACGGAAGGAGUCCAAAUCAUCGUUGAAGCGAUCAUCUCGGUUCUUCUCGGCAUCUUUCUUCUCCUCCAAAUCUGAUGGAGAAUUUACACCUACAUCUGUUUUCCGAGGGCUAAUGAAGUCGGCCAGAAAGCAGGCACCAAAACUUGUUGUUGGGACACUACUUCUUGGUGCAGGAGUAUUCUUCUUCAGUAGAGCUCAGAAGAGUAAUCAAUUAUUUCAGCAGCCAGGGAUAGCCACAAGUAUUGAAGAAGUUAGCUCCACUGCGGAGCCCAUAGUUCGUGAGAUACGACAGAUCCCAAAAAGGAUAAAGAAGCUAAUCGAGCUCUUACCUCAUCAAGAGGUAAAUGAGGAAGAAGCUUCACUUUUUGACAUACUAUAUUUGCUGCUGGCUAGUGUUGUUUUUGUGCCAUUAUUCCAGAAAAUACCUGGAGGCAGUCCUGUUCUUGGAUAUCUUGCUGCUGGUGUCCUCAUUGGUCCAUAUGGUCUUUCUAUCAUCCGUCAUGUCCAUGGAACAAAGGCAAUUGCUGAAUUUGGAGUUGUGUUCUUGUUAUUCAACAUUGGCCUUGAGCUUUCCGUGGAAAGGUUAAGCUCAAUGAAGAAGUAUGUCUUUGGAUUAGGCUCUGCUCAGGUGUUGGUGACUACAGCAGUUGUUGGUAUGGUAGCUCACCGUUUUGCAGCAUUACCAGGACCAGCGGCAAUUGUUAUCGGGAGUGGUUUGGCUCUAUCAUCCACAGCUGUUGUUCUGCAAGUACUGCAAGAACGAGGGGAGAGCACAUCUCGGCAUGGACGCGCUACAUUUUCUGUGUUACUGUUCCAGGAUUUGGCCGUGGUGGUUCUGUUGAUACUUAUACCACUUAUAUCACCUAAUUCUUCAAAAGGAGGGGUUGGUUUCCAAGCAAUAGCAGAAGCUAUGGGAAUGGCUGCGGUAAAGGCAAUAGCUGCUAUAACUGCCAUCAUUGCUGGAGGUCGUUUGUUCCUUCGGCCAAUUUACAGACAAAUUGCUGAAAAUCGGAAUGCCGAGAUAUUUUCGGCAAAUACUCUCCUUGUUAUAUUUGGGACAAGUCUACUUACUGCUCGGGCUGGCUUAUCAAUGGCACUGGGAGCAUUUUUGGCUGGUUUGUUAUUAGCAGAAACAGAGUUCUCCUUACAGGUUGAGUCAGAUAUUGCUCCUUAUCGUGGCCUUCUAUUAGGUCUAUUCUUUAUGACGGUUGGAAUGUCUAUUGACCCCAAGUUGUUUAUGUCAAAUUACCCAGCAAUUUCUUUGAUAUUAGGUCUCUUAAUCAUUGGAAAGACACUGUUAGUAACAUUUAUUGGUAGGCUGUUUGGAAUUUCCACCAUCGCUGCCGUUCGGGUUGGUCUUCUGCUUGCACCUGGCGGGGAGUUUGCAUUUGUUGCUUUUGGAGAAGCCGUCAACCAGGGUCUUCUAUCGCCACAAUUAUCUUCUUUAUUAUUUUUAGUGGUUGGCAUUUCAAUGGCCAUGACACCAUACUUAGCUGCUGGAGGGCAGUUUCUGGCAUCCAAAUUUGAGCAGCAUGACGUGAGGAGUUUAUUGCCAGUGGAAAGUGAGACAGAUGACUUGCAAGGCCAUAUUAUUAUAUUGGGAUUUGGACGUGUUGGGCAGAUCAUCGCUCAACUCCUGUCAGAGCGAUUAAUUCCAUUUGUUGCGCUUGAUGUUCGAAGUGAUCGGGUGGCAGUUGGGCGCGCUCUUGACCUGCCAGUAUAUUUUGGUGAUGCAGGAAGUAGAGAGGUGCUGCACAAAGUUGGGGCUGAUAGGGCAUGUGCUGCUGCCAUUACUUUAGAUACUCCUGGUGCAAAUUACCGAGCUGUUUGGGCUCUGAGCAAAUACUUCCCAAAUGUAAAGACAUUUGUCCGAGCACAUGAUGUUGAUCAUGGUGUUAAUUUGGAGAAAGCAGGUGCAUCAGCGGUUGUCCCUGAGACCUUAGAACCAAGUCUUCAAUUAGCUGCUGCUGUUCUUGCCCAAGCAAAACUUCCAAUGUCCGAGAUUGCAACAACUAUCAAUGAAUUCAGGAAUCGUCAUCUGUCAGAGCUCACGGAGCUGUGUACUACAACUGGAAGUUCUCUGGGCUACGGGUUUUCAAAAGUCAUGCCCAAAACAAAGCCUCCCACCUCCGAUGAUGAUGGUGAAUCGGUUGAUGGAGCAUUGGCAAUCUGAGUGGAAGUGUGGAACACAUGAACCGGAGCAGAAAAGGCUCUCUCUCCUCCCAAGGCUGUACAGUAGAUGAUCUAAUUGCAAAUAGAAAGGUAGCAAAAUAAUCAGACUGUUACCGAUCGUGGCGACUUAGCUGUGUCAUUUUUGUAUGUUAGGACAUUUCCUCCUCUCUUUCAAACCACUGUUUCUUUUACUUCAUGCCUUUUGCUAUGCCCAUCAAGUAAUUUCUUGAUGGGGGAGGAGGACAUGGGUGCUUGCACACAGAUGCAGGACACUGGAAUUUUGCAAGAAAAAGUGUCUGCCCGUUUGAUGGGCAUCCUGCUACUUUUGUGCAAACUGCUACGAUUCUUUUGAUUUAGGAAUUCGGAGUUCAAGGCUUUGGGAAUGGUACUGGCCUGUUGCUAA